CGAGUUCAAAGGAAAAACAUCGCGUGAUCUUCCGGAGCGGGACCUACUCGCUGUAUUGCUGAGUGAAAAUGCUUUUCUAUUCAUUCUUCAAGUCUUUGGUGGGCAAAGACGUGGUGGUGGAACUGAAAAAUGACUUGAGCAUCUGUGGCACACUCCACUCAGUCGAUCAGUACCUGAAUAUCAAACUCACAGACAUCAGUGUUACUGAUCCAGAGAAGUAUCCACAUAUGUUGUCGGUGAAGAACUGCUUCAUCCGCGGCUCAGUGGUGCGGUACGUGCAGCUCCCUGCUGAUGAGGUGGAUACCCAGCUGCUGCAGGAUGCUGCUCGGAAGGAGGCCAUGCAACAGAAGCAGUGAUUUUUUUCCCUUUUUUUUCCAGGGUGCGUGGGAGGGUGGACUGUGGCUGGGUUUGAGUUUAUGGGAAAAUGCUAACGUAGAAGAGUCUCAAAAGAUGUGUUCUUUCCCAUAUUUCCUAUCCCUAUACCCCCAGAUCUACUGUACACACAGACAUAUUCACGAGACUACAGUCUUGCAGUUUAGAUUUCUUUGUUUGGUUUGAGGACUGACAUGAUGUCAGUACUCAAUUUAUGUUUUGCCUGGCCAGACAGAAUUGUAAAACCUACCUCACAGCAAAGGCAAUUUGGACCAUUUGAAAACCCAUACAUUUGCUAUGCAGUAUGUCAAAGACUCCAUUCUUUUUAGAUAGCCUGUAACUUCAUCUUACUGUUUUCCAAAAGAAUUUAACAUAAAUUUGCAUAAGCCACACUUGUCUUUUGAUUUUCUCACCAGUGUCAUGUCUAACAUUUAUACUAAAUAAAAUUGUAAAUAGUUAAAUAAUGAUGCACAUUAGCAAAACCAAACCCCCCUGCUCCCUGAAACAAUGAGGUUGAUUUCAGAAACCAACAGGAACAUAAUGAAGCAGUUACUGUAAUCAAUUGGGGGUUUUCAGCACAGCAAAUUGGUAUUGGUCCAAAUGCAAGUUUAAUAGGCCUGACGGAUUUCUCAUGAUAUUGUGACGUCUUCACAGAGAUAGUUUUCGAUGUAGAGGUGCCUCAGUAUUUACUGCUGUAGAUAGUGGGAACACCUCAAAUACAUUUUUUCAUUUUAUUUUAUCUUUCUCCAUCUGUAAAUUCCAACUUGCUCUAUUUUUUGGCUGAUGGGUAUAGUGGGAGUAACUGUCACCUUUCCCCCCCAUUGAAUUACUGCAGAUAUUCAUCCUACUCUGUCACCUUUUGGAAACAAGAUUUCCUGGCAGAAAUGCCAGUGUAAUUAAUUAGGCAGCCCUUUAAUGUCUAUGAAAUGCUUUUUGUUUUCAGUUACAAUUUUGAUUGCAUGUUGGAUAUUUUUUGCAGAAAGAGUUAAUUUGGGAAAAAAAAAACAAA